AAAACUAAGGAUACAAAAAUACGAGAUGAUGCCUCUUAGCAUUGCUAUCUUCGAAUACUUAAGUAGCUGCAAUCACAGUCGCUCGAUUUUCUCUUAACUUUAUACUCUAAAACCCGCCAAAACCGGUAGAAUCAAAUAGAGGCAAGUUUGGGCGGUGAAACUCCGAAGCCAAGAGAGAACGGAAAUCCGGUGGCAGAAUUCGUGAUAUGAAAUGGACCCAAUUGAAGCAACAAAGGAGCUGUCAUUUCGUGUCGGUUUUUCCGGUCACAGCGGUCAUCUCAGGGUCGAGCCUCUUUCAACUGUCGAGCGCUCCACCCCGAUUCGAUCACUCCCGGAUUUCAUACUUCCACCUGCAUUUCCUAAGGAAACACCUGAAACGAUAAAGAAUUACAUAGAAGAGACUUAUCUCCAACCAAGGUUAGACCCUGAUGAAUUCUCCCCUGAAAAAGUGGGAAGACAGUGGGAUUUUGAUUGGUUUGAAAUGGCAAAAGUAUCCUUGGAUCCAUCUCCGCCAAGAUCUGUUGUGGUUCCUACAUGGGUGUUGCCAUUUGAACGGCCUAAGAAAGAUGGAGCUGCAGGAGGGACAUGGGAACCUGAUUCUCGGCAGGUGGAUGUUUCUGAGUUAAACGUGGAAACUCAAGAAUCUGGUUCACAGCCACGAGUGCCAGGACCAGCAAAAGAUUUUGUAAGGGGAAGCAUAAAUAAUCGUCCUUUUCGACCUGGGGGUUUGGACGAUUCCCAAUCUAUUGAUAGAAUUCUUCCUGAUGCAGCUUCUAAUGGUGAGUGGGUUCAUGAAGUUCUUAAUGGUGGCCCUGCUCAAUUUAUUCCACCUAUUUUAAAGAAAGGAUUGGACCUCGGUGAUCUCAAGGAAUAUCCUAACUCGUGGAAUGUUUAUGAGAACCAAAGUUCAUCUUCAUUCAAGACGUCACCAAUUGAAAACUUGCAGAGUGAAUUGUCUGUACAAUUUGAUGAUUUGUUCAAGAAGGCCUGGGAAGAGGAUGCCAUAGAAUCCGUGGAAGACGGUCAAUCACCGAAAGCAGAAUCUAUCAAGUCUGAAGAUCGGGUACGUGAGCUUGAAGCCAUUAGCAUUGCACCUGCACCUGGAAUAUCUGCCUUGGAUGAAAUUUUGUCCCUGGAAUCUGGAGGAUUCUCAUUAAGUUCUGAUCAAGCUACUGAGGUUGGAGCGCAAAAGAAGGAGGCUUGGGUUGUAGUUGGUGGCCGUGAAGACAUUUCUUUGCGCUUCCAUGACCUUGUACCUGAUAUGGCCCUUGAUUUUCCUUUCGAAUUAGACACUUUUCAGAAGGAGGCUAUAUAUCAUCUUGAAAAGGGAGAUUCUGUAUUUGUUGCUGCACAUACUUCGGCUGGAAAGACUGUUGUUGCGGAGUAUGCGUUUGCUCUAGCCACCAAACACUGUACUAGGGCCGUAUAUACAGCUCCCAUCAAAACCAUCAGUAAUCAGAAGUAUCGGGAUUUUUGUGGGAAAUUUGAUGUUGGACUUCUGACUGGCGAUGUUAGCUUGAGGCCAGAGGCUUCUUGCCUUAUAAUGACCACCGAAAUAUUAAGGUCAAUGCUUUAUCGAGGUGCUGAUAUUAUUCGUGAUAUUGAAUGGGUUAUAUUUGAUGAAGUGCACUAUGUCAAUGAUAUUGAAAGAGGUGUUGUAUGGGAAGAAGUUAUCAUUAUGCUUCCAAGACAUAUCAAUAUUGUCCUUCUUUCAGCCACGGUUCCAAACACAAUCGAAUUUGCCGAUUGGAUUGGUCGAACGAAGCAAAAAAGAAUUCAUGUCACUGGGACUGCAAAAAGACCAGUACCUCUGGAGCACUGCAUAUUCUAUUCUGGUGAAUUGUAUAAAAUAUGUGAAAGUGAAAUUUUUUUGUCUCAUGGACUAAAAGCUGCCAAAGAUGCAUCCAAGAAAAAAAAUUCGAGUGUUGUUGGUGGCGCUGGUGGAUCUCAUGCUGGGGCUUCGGUUGCAAAUGAUGGAACAAAGAAUCGAAAAGUUGAAAGUUUUAACAGAAGUAAACAGAAUAAGCAUUCGGGUUCCCAGAAUUUAGGGAACUUUUCAGGAACAAGUUGGGGUAAUCAAAAGAAUGGAGAUGGCCAUAACAAUUGGGGAUCAAGGAGAUCGGAUGCUUCUUUGUGGUUGUUACUUAUUAAUAGGCUCUCAAAGAAAUCUCUAUUACCCGUGGUUAUAUUUUGCUUCUCAAAAAAUCGUUGUGAUAAAUCAGCUGACAAUAUCUACAGUAUUGACCUCACUAGUAGUUCUGAGAAAAGUGAAAUUCGCGUCUUCUGUGACAAAGCAUUUUCUCGUUUAAAAGGAUCUGACAGAAGCUUACCUCAGAUUGUUCGAGUUCAAGGACUUCUUCGUAGAGGGAUUGGAGUGCAUCAUGCAGGUCUCCUUCCAAUUGUUAAAGAAGUUGUUGAAAUGCUAUUUUGUCGUGGUGUGAUAAAGGUCUUGUUUUCAACAGAGACGUUUGCAAUGGGAGUUAAUGCGCCAGCAAGAACGGUUGUUUUUGACACCUUAAGGAAGUUUGACGGGAAGGAGUUCAGGCAAUUAUUACCAGGGGAAUAUACCCAAAUGGCGGGUCGUGCUGGUAGAAGGGGACUGGAUAAAAUUGGUACUGUCAUUGUAAUGUGUCGUGAGGAGAUUCCAGAAGAGAAGGAUUUGAAGCGUGUGAUAGUUGGAACUGCUACCAAGCUUGAAUCUCAAUUCCGUUUAACCUAUAUUAUGAUCCUACAUCUUCUUCGGGUGGAAGAGCUAAAGGUGGAAGACAUGCUGAAAAGAAGUUUUGCAGAAUUCCACGCACAGAAGAAACUCCCUGAAAAGCAGCAACUUUUAAUGCGAAAGCUAGCUCAACCUACAAGAACAAUAGAAUGUAUUAAAGGUGAGGCAACCAUUGAAGAAUACUACGACCUAUAUGCUGAAGCUGAGAAGCCUAGCAACCAGCUCUCAGAAGCAGUCAUGCAAUCCUCUGCAAUUCAACAAUUUCUUGUUCCUGGAAGAGUGGUCAUUGUAAAAUCACAGUCGGCCAAAGAUCACUUACUUGGAGUAAUCGUCAAAGCCAAUAUGAACAGGCAAUAUAUUGUUCUGGUGCUGAUGCCUGAUUCACUACCUACCCAAAGUUCCUCAAGUAGUGAUUUAGAAAAGAAAAAACAGGAUUUGACCCAAGGUUACUUUAUGGUACCAAAAUCAAAACGUGGUCUUGAAAAUGAUUAUUAUUCUCCAUCAACACGUAAAGGAUCUGGUCUUGUCAACAUAAGAUUACCACAUGCUGGUGCAGCAGUGGGCAUAAGUUAUGAGGUUAGAGGAGUUGAUGCCAAAGAUUUUUUGUGUGUUUGCACUAAAAAGAUUAAAUUAGACUCAGGCAGGCUUCUUGAAGAAGUAAGCAAUGUUGCUUACUCCCAGACAGUUCAACAGCUUUUGGAUAUAAAAUCUGAUGGGAAGUACCCUCCGGCCUUAGAUCCAUUAAAAGACUUGAAGUUAAAAGAUGUGAAUCUUGUGGAGGCGUACAAGAAUUUGACUGACAUAUCGCUAAAGAUGAUAGCUAACAAGUGCCAUGGGUGUAUAAAAUUGGGGGAGCACCUGAAAUUAGCAGCAGAGAUAAAGAAACACAAAGAGGAAGUCAAUAACCUAAAGUUUCAAAUGUCAGACGAAGCACUUCAACAAAUGCCAGAUUUUCAGGGCCGGAUUGACGUUUUAAAGGAAAUUGGGUGUAUAAACUCUGACCUGGUUGUUCAAAUGAAAGGUCGGGUUGCCUGUGAGAUGAACUCUGGGGAGGAGUUGAUCUGUACAGAGUGUUUAUUUGAGAAUCAAUUGGACAACCUUGAACCCGAAGAAGCAGUGGCAUUAAUGUCUGCUUUUGUGUUUCAGCAAAAAAAUACUUCUGAACCUUCCCUUACCCCAAAGCUGUCUAUGGCUAAAAAAAGAUUGUACGAGACAGCAAUAAGACUCGGCCAGCUUCAAGCACAGUUCAGACUUCAAAUCGACCCUGAGGAAUAUGCUCGAGACAAUCUUAAGUUUGGACUUGUCGAAGUAGUCUAUGAAUGGGCAAAAGGAACUCCAUUUGCAGAUAUUUGUGAGCUUACAGAUGUUCCUGAAGGUAUGAUAGUGAGAACUAUAGUUAGAUUAGAUGAAACGUGUCGAGAAUUCAAAAACGCAGCAGCUAUCAUGGGUAAUUCUGCACUCCAUAAGAAGAUGGAAACUGCAUCAAAUGCUAUAAAGCGGGAUAUCGUCUUUGCUGCUAGUUUGUACAUUACUGGACUCUAAAUAGACAACUUUUAAGGUACGUCGCCUCUUCCAUUCUUGAAAUUUUAUGAAACCAAUUUAGAAUAGAAUAGGGAAAACUCAAGUAGGCAUAGAAUUUGUAAAUUAUGGGUUACUCUUUUUGUUUGUUAGUAAAGUAUUGAGAGAAGACAGGUUGAUUAGUUCAAUCAUAGAAGGUUGUAAGUUUCAUUAACUUUAUAAUUAGUUCAUUAUCAUCUCUUGCAAUUGCGAGAGAAUGUAAUGUUUGAUUAAGCUUGAAGCUUAUGCAUGAAGCUUGGAAAAGUAAUAACCUUAUUUUUGUUUCUUGUGAUAUUUUUCAAAUCACAUCAUGUAAUCAAUAUAUUAAAUAGAAAUCAAAUAGCAAUUUCAAUGUUGACUGGGA